UCUCGCGAGAACUUUCGGUUCAUGAGCGCAGUGACGGCAAGCUGGGGUUCGUAAAGCGACGGAGGCAAAACUGUAGUGAAGCGCCUUUACGGCUGGGGCAACAUCCACAUCAUCUCUUCCCCCUCUGCAUAGUUGCCCCUGCUCUUUUUUGCUCCUUUUAAUGAGGGACAGAAUAAUCUGUAGGAAAUAUGCUUAGACGCCGCGUUCCACUUUAAUUUUAAGUGAUCAUUUGCAGUAUUUCCGACCCGGGGGCUGCAUCUCCCGAAAGUAGCGGAUUUCUGUCUUUUUCUCUUCAUUGAAAAACAUCCUACACAAACACGCCGCGUAAACAAGUUCAUAAAUGGUGGAAGCCAUUGUGGAGUUUGAUUACCAGGCCCAGCACGAUGACGAGUUGACCAUCGCUGUCGGUGACAUCAUCAGUAACAUCAGGAAGAAUGAGGGCGGCUGGUGGGAAGGAGAGCUGGACGGUCAGAGGGGGCUCUUCCCCGACAACUUUGUCAGAGAGAUAAAGAAAGACUCGAAAAAAGAGGUGAAGAAGGAGUCCAGUUUGGCCGGAUCCAAAUCAGACCUGUCCAAUGGCAGUGCCAGCCCAAAAUCAGAACCCAGCCUCAGAUCCACCAAGAAAGAUAGAGAUGUUGGCUUCCAAAGGAAAAGUGAAGCAUUCAGAAAAAGGCGUUGCAAAGCUGUCUUUAGCUACACUCCGCAGAAUGAAGAUGAGCUAGAACUGAAGAUCGGAGAUGUUAUUGAGGUUCUGGGAGAGGUGGAGGAGGGAUGGUGGGAAGGCACUCUCAGUGGCAGAACUGGGAUGUUCCCCUCUAACUUCACCAAGGAGCUGUUGGCCGAGGCUGAGGAUCUGACCCCACAGGAUGACACACGGAGCACACAAACCAGCAUAAAGGACAGCACCGGCUCAGAGAGUGAUGGCGGCGACUCCAGUAGUUUAAGGUCUGACACUGGCAGUGUGUCCUCCAGGUCUGAGAUUCAGCCCAAAAAGGUUCGGGGGUUCGGCUUCGGGGACAUCUUCAAAGACCAGCCCAUCAAGCUCCGCCCACGAUCUCUGGACAUGGACAGUGAGGCAGAGAAGCCUCCAAUGGUGAAGAAAGUCGCUCUAGCUGUUGCCCAGGAAACCAUGAAGGCGGAGCCUGAGAACAAGGCCAAAGCAAAGGAGCUUUGCAAAGUAAUUUUCCCGUACGAAGCUCAGAACGAUGAUGAGCUGUCAAUCAAAGAGGGAGAUAUCGUAACGGUUAUCAAUAAGGACUGUGCAGACACUGGUUGGUGGCUUGGAGAGCUGAACGGCAAACAGGGAGUGUUUCCAGACAACUUUGUGAAGUUAUUCAUUCCUGAGGUAGAAAAAGAGAGACCUAAGAAACCUCCUCCACCUGCAGCACCAACCACUAAACAGAUCACAGACAAAAAGACAGAGGCUAAAAGGGUUCCACCAGAACGGCCUGAAUCUCUCCCACACAGAGCUGAGGAAAAAGGCGAGGAGUCGAAGCUGGGUGAGACUGCAAAGCCGUCCUUCCCAGCUGCCCUCCCAAAGAAGCCUCUCCCCCCAAAGAACAACAACUCAUUGAAUCGACCGUCAUCGCUACCACCCAAACGCCCAGACAGACCUGAGAGACCAGCUGUGCCCAAUAUACCGUGUGACAGUCCAAAGUCUGACGGCAGUGGUGUGGCAGCUGACCGAGGCUCUGCAGACAAAUCCGUAGAUAUCGAUGUAGAAGACUUCGACUCCAUCGUCUUAUCCACAGAGAAGCUGAACCACCCGACCACGUCACGGCCCCGUGUGACGGACCGACGGCCACGAUCGCAGAUCUUCACAUCUUUCUCUCUCUCUAGUCCUGACCUCCUGGACUCCCCAUCUCCAGAGGAGGAGAGGAGAGACAAGGAGAUGGGAAAGGAGGAGCAGGACUCAUUCACUCCCAAAACUCUUGACAACUCCAAGAAGAUGCCCAAGGCAGUGCCAGUCAUAACAGCUCCUGAAAAAUCAUCUUUGCCCCCUAAGCCCAGUGCCCCUCCAUCAUCUUCUGGGUCCAGUGGGGCUUCUCUCCACCAGGGCAGCGCUGGUCUGCGGCCCCAUUCCCCUUCGGUUGAUGCCAGAGUGAAGAACGAACAGGGUACCUCCACGCUGGAGGAGCUCAGAGCACAAUUACGAGACCUGAAAGGAACUGUGGAGCUCAUGAAGAGCCAGCACAAACAAGAAAUCAAACAGCUGGUGAGCGAACUGGAUGAGGAGAAGAGGAUUCGUAUAUCACUGCAGAUGGAAGUGGAGCAGAUUAAGAAAUCCCUGUCCAAAUGAACUCAAGCAUGUUGGAUGUAUCAGAUGAAGGAUCAGGCUGAGGUUCCACACCACAGCCCAAGUAGACUGUGCCAAAAAAAGAACAAUGUAUCAGAACAACUGCUUAAAGAAAAUAACUGUUUACCCCCCCCCAUUCACUUGUACUCUUUCUGCUUUCGUUUUUUUAAGAAGCUUUUUUUGCGUGUUGUGCUCAGACUGGCCGCUGACUCACAGACCCGUUGCCCGGGUGUGGCCUUACUGUGGGUCAUGUGAUUAAAGGGUGCCGACAACCCACACCUGGAGACAGGUGAUAGCAGUUGCCAUGGGGAUUAGCUGGUCUCCUGCACAACUGACACAGUUACCCCAUCAUCACCCUCUCUGGUACUGCCUCUGAACGCUAGUCAGAGAACACAUCAAAUGAAGGAGAAACCAGUGCGUUAAAUACUGAUCACCUUAAGUUCUUUUCUUUUGACUUGGACGCCUUCUGUUAUUUUCUUUAUAUGCAAAGGUGGAUUUAAUUUCACACUGCUUGCGGUUUCCACAGCAACCCCACAUUGAGGCCUUGUUUAUUUGAAGCGUUCCGAACUUUUCUGUCUUUCCUAUUUCUUUUACGUUGUUGAUGACAAUGAGAAAACUUAUGUUUUGUUUUCUUGACUCGGUUAUUUCUUUGAAAUCUUCUAUAUAUACUUUUAUAUUUUAAUGUACUAAAUGCAAUUGUGUGCAGAUUUU